UAUACGGAUAAUAUGUGAUAUUUAGUAAGGUAAGCUGGUAGCCGAGAUCAUCUGUCUCUGCGUGUGAGCUGCGCGAUGCCGAAAGGGGCAGCCACGACUCGUGAUAAAUGGCAGUCUGGCUUUUGAUGACGGGUGGGAGAGGGGGGGCCGGGGGCCCGGAGAGGGAAGGAGCGGAUUGGUCAUCACCUACCUCCUCUCGAGAAAAGCUAGGGAUCGGACCUGAGGCGCCUCCCGAUAAUCCUGUAAUGAAUUUCAUGAUGAGCGAGACACGCAUAAGGAAGGAUGGGUCUCAAGGGUUCAGAGUUACCUGCCAAGGCUCGCAAGACUCGACUAGAUCAGCCACGGGCAUCCGGGGAAAGAGCACUGAGACUAAAGAGGGUAUUCCCAUGAUAAUCAGUGGCGGGUCCAGACUAACGACAAGCGCAUUAUUUCCCCGGGUGCUGUGUAGUUUGGGGCUGUCUAGCCGUCCACCGCGAAGCAUAUGUGGACAAUAAACAUGGGCAGCAUGUGGCAACUGGCAUCGUCAGCCUCGCUGGCGGGCGAGUUGGAGAAGGAUGGCCUGAAAUGGGGGAUGCCACGAGGUGCUGUUUAGUGGCGGAAGGGUACGAUGAUUGCACUCAUACGGU